UUGGUGAAGAAGGUUCUACAAACCGGUUCUGACUUCUCUUAUAAGCUUGUAAGAAGUAUCAUUACAUUGUAACUUAUACGUAAGGUGUAUUUUUUACGAGAGGUCACGAAUUAACAUUAAUGCAUAUAAGCUAUAUAAGUAUACGAACGCGAGGAUUCAAAGUAUGAGUCUUACGGAAAAUCCGAACACGCAGGUUGUUCUAGAUGAUCAGUUGCAGCAUUUUAUCGAGGCUGAGACGAAAAAGCAACAGUUCCAGGGAUUGGUACAUGAAUUAACUGGCCUUUGCUGGGAAAUUUGUAUGGAUAAACCAUCACUGCGUCUGGAGCCUAAAGUUCAUAAGUGUCUCGUGAAUUGCGUAGAGAGAUUCAUUGACACUACCAAUUAUAUCACAAACAGAAUAGAACGAGUUGCCUCAAAUAUGCAGUCUGAUUCAGAUAGCAUGGAGUGAAGAUAUCUCAAGGAUUAUAUGUCAAAAUUUGUCAUGCAU